AUGUCCGACGAGAAGGAAAUUGACUAUUCCCUGGCAAAUCCAGACACUCUGACCAAAUACAGAGUAGCUGCUACUAUCUCUGAAAAGGUUCUCGCCGCCGUAUCUAAGCUAUGUGUUGCAGGCGAGAAGGUUGUCACCAUCUGCCAGAAGGGAGACAAGCUCAUUGAAGAAGAAGUUGCUAAAGUCUACCGUACAACCAAAUUGAAGGGAUUUUCCCAUCCCACCACUGUAUCCCCGGCUUCCUAUGUGACACCUUAUACUCCACUAGCCUCUGACACCGCCGAGGCGAAUGUCGAACUUCAGGCUGGAGAGCCUGUGAAAAUCCAGCUUGGCGCUCAGAUUGAUGGCUUUGGUUCCAUUGUCUGCGACACAAUAUUUGUUCCGUCCAAAGAUCAGGCUGAGGAUGUCAUCACCGGCCGAUCUGCCGAUUUGAUACUUGCUACGCAUUAUGCCAACGAAGUCCUCCUACGGCUCAUAAUUCCACCAGGGGUAUUAGCGAGCGGAAGUGAUGAGGAAAAGGCAAAGGCAGCUGCAGCCAAGCCCCCUACUCAGACGAAAAUUACCUCCAUCCUGGACAAGAUUGCUAAAACCUACGAAUGCAACCUGGUAGAGAGCACAACGUCGUGGCUCUUCGACCGGAAUGAUAUCGAAGGCAAGAAGAAGAUUGUCCUCGCUCCCGCAGAAGGUUCCAAGGGGGAUGGCACACCCGAAGUGGGAGAGGUAUGGGGUGUAGAGAUGGGUAUGAGUCUAGGGUCAGGCAAAGUCAAGAACAUUGACCAGCGAGCAACUCUCCUUCGUCGGACGAACAACACCUAUAUCUUAAAGUCGCAAACCGCGCGCAAGACUUUGUCUACCAUCCAGACCAAAUUUGGCCACUUUCCUUUCAGCCUAAGGCAACUCGAGGAAGAAGGAGGUGAUACCAAAUAUAAGGUUGGAAUUUAUGAAGGUGUUCGCCAGGGGGUUGUACGGCAGUACGAAUUAGUUGGUGACAAGGACAAUUCUCCAGUUGCCCGACUAUUAACUACACUUGCUAUCACAAAGAACGGCAUUUCAAAACUUGGGGCCCCACCGGCGCUAGACCUAGACAAGGUCCAGUCAGACAAGAAGAUCACUGACGAGGAGGUUCUGAAGAUACUGGAACAGCCGUUAAGCAAGAAUAAGGGCAAGAGUAAGAACAAGAAGAAGAAGAAGUCUGCCAAGAAGGGCGUGGAUGAUGAGGAGGAGAGCGAGGAGUAA